AUGAACGGCGCCCCAAAGUCGAGCGCGCCGCGCUUCGAUCCUACCUUCACCAGGCGCGUGAUCGAAGCCAUGGGUCCCAAAACCUCUCCUCGGAUGCGAGAAGUCAUGACCAGCUUGAUCACACAUCUCCAUGAUUUCGCACGGGAAGUGGAGUUGACGGUCGAUGAAUGGUCGGCGGGCGUGGACUUGAUCAACUGGGCUGGUAAAAUGAGUGACGACAAGAGAAACGAGGGCCAACUUGUUUGCGACGUUGUUGGGUUAGAAUCGCUAGUGGACGAGAUCACUUAUAAGAAAGCCUCGGAAGCGAUGGACGUGGCCACCCAGAGUGCCAUCCUGGGCCCCUUCUACAGAACCGACCACCCAAUCCGAAAGAACGGCACCACCAUUUCUUUCAACACCCCAGAAGACGCCGAGGUCGUGUUUAUGUAUGGGCAAGUGAUGGACGCCUUCACCAAGAAACCAUUGGCCAACGCCGCCAUUGAUGUUUGGGAGGCCUCCACAAAUGGCUUGUAUGAACAGCAGGAUCCCGACCAAAUCGACUGCAACCUGCGCGGCAGGUUCAUUACCGACGAGAACGGCGAAUAUUCCUUCUACUGCAUCCGACCGACACCAUACCCCGUUCCUUUUGACGGGCCGGCGGGCAAAUUGCUGCAAUUGCUAGACCGCCAUCCGUACAGACCAGCACAUAUUCAUUUGAUUGUCUUGAUCGAAGGUUACAAGCCGAUCACCACGCAAAUCUUCGACAAACAGAGCAAAUACUUGGAAAACGACUCCGUCUUUGCGGUCAAGGAUUCGCUGGUGGUCGAGUUCGUGCCCAGGAAGAACGAUGAUCAGGCCAAGUACGAACUGCGAUAUGAUAUUAUGAUGGCUCCCAUCAACCAUACGGGCGAAUCCGGCCCAGACAAUGGUCUGGUAACCACGGGCUCGGGCCGGGGUUUCUGA